ACGGACUCGCAGGCGGCUGGUGGCGGCUGUGCUUGCUAGUGAGGGCGGGAGGGACUGAGUCACUUGAGCGUGUGUGAGGGAGAGAAACAGCCAGAGAGCGGACAAGCGGGUGAGCUAGCAGCCCGCGCCGUCCGCCCGCCACACCAGCCAGGCCCCGCCGCCACCGCCCCUCCGCCCUGCGCCGAGGCCGGGCCGAGCCGUGUUGGGUCGUGCCCGGGCCAUGCUGCUCACAGUGUACUGUGUGCGGAGGGACCUCUCCGAGGUGACCUUUUCCCUCCAGGUCGACGCCGACUUCGAGCUGCACAACUUCCGCGCGCUGUGCGAGCUCGAGUCCGGCAUCCCCGCAGCCGAGAGCCAGAUUGUCUAUGCUGAAAGACCUCUCACAGACAACCAUAGAUCAUUGGCUUCUUACGGCUUGAAAGAUGGGGACGUUGUGAUUUUACGACAGAAGGAAAGUGCAGACCCUCGACCUCCAGUGCAAUUUUCAAACUUACCCCGAAUAGACUUUAGUAGUAUAGCUGUGCCUGGCACGUCAAGCUCCAGGCACCGCCAGCCACCAGGAGCACAGCAGCCCCACUCAUCUCCUGGAGAAAUAGCUUCAUCACCUCAGGGCUUGGACAAUCCAGCCUUGCUCCGAGACAUGUUGCUGGCCAACCCCCAUGAGCUGUCCUUGCUGAAGGAACGCAAUCCACCCCUGGCAGAUGCUCUGCUCAGUGGAGAUCUUGAGAAAUUUUCUAGGGUCCUGGUGGAACAGCAGCAGGACCGAGCUCGGAGAGAGCAAGAAAGGAUUCGUCUCUUUUCUGCUGACCCUUUUGAUCUCGAAGCUCAGGCAAAGAUAGAAGAAGAUAUAAGGCAACAGAACAUUGAGGAAAACAUGACAAUAGCUAUGGAAGAGGCUCCAGAAAGUUUUGGCCAAGUAGUGAUGCUUUAUAUUAACUGCAAAGUGAAUGGACAUCCUGUGAAAGCCUUUGUUGACUCAGGUGCCCAGAUGACCAUUAUGAGCCAAGCUUGUGCCGAAAGGUGUAAUAUCAUGAGACUGGUGGACCGUCGGUGGGCAGGGAUUGCUAAAGGAGUGGGCACCCAGAAGAUUAUUGGAAGGGUACAUCUAGCUCAGGUUCAGAUUGAAGGAGAUUUUCUGGCGUGUUCCUUCUCUAUACUUGAGGAACAGCCUAUGGACAUGCUUCUGGGGCUGGAUAUGCUUAAACGACAUCAGUGUUCCAUUGACCUCAAGAAAAAUGUACUCGUGAUCGGCACCACAGGCUCCCAGACCACCUUCCUUCCUGAGGGAGAGCUGCCAGAGUGUGCCAGAUUGGCAUAUGGGGCUGGGCGAGAGGACCUGCGGCCAGAGGAGAUUGCAGACCAAGAAUUAGCAGAAGCCCUUCAAAAAUCUGUAGAGGAUGCAGAGCGUCAGAAGCCAUGAUGCAUGUAGUGUGUGUGUACUGCAGCUGGAGUGGGCCCCAGACCAGAGAAAAGCAGUAAAGAAACUACCUCACUGGGAAUGUCAUCGUUACCAACUUCAGAUGGAUUUAACCAUCUAGCCCAUCCUUCAGGACAGAGUCCUGAGAUUGGUAAUCAUACGAGUCUUGCUCACUCUGUCUCUGCUUCAGUCUGCCCUAUAAAGCCCAGUGACCCGGGUAGCCUUGAACCUACAGCUCUCGAGGCUUUGAAGACUUCAGCUGAGCUCCGGAUAACCUCUGAAAAGAGAGAGCAUCUUCUUCCUCUGCAGGAACUUUCUGAUCAUGCUUCUUUAGCAGGCAGUACUCCAGCAGACCAGAGUCCAGCUAUGCCUUUGCAGAAUUCAUCAGAGGAAGCAGUUGUUGCUGAUAAUCUAAAGAAAUCUGCUGAAAAAAGCACCCAGGGCUUCAAAUUUCAUCUCCAUACAAGACAGGAAACUAGUUUAUCGGUCACCGCCACUAGGAUACGUGAACCACAAAUGUUUUUCAGUGAAAAGGAUUGGCAUCCAGAUUACCAGAAUCUGAGUCAAGUAAAUGGCCUUCAGCAGCAUGAAGAACCAGGGAAUGAACAGCAUGAGGUGGUACAACAGGGUGCGCCACAUGACCGAGAACAUACUUAUAACACAGGGGACCUUGAGCUUCUUGGAGAAAGGCGCCAGAUCCAACAAAACUGUGUCGAUUCAGAAGCUGAGAGCAAAGGGAACAGGCUACAGCAGAAUGUAGACCUUCGAGGUACAGAUGAAAAUAUUCUACCUUCAGAAUACUCUGGCUGCUCAAAUUCAGAAACACUAAUGGAAGUAGAUAUUCUUGAACAGCCCCUGGUUUCUAUGUUUAAUUCAGCAGGCAGUCAGAAUGCGAGUGUCAAGAACGUCGGUGCAUCUGAUCUCACCUUAGAUAAUCCCUUAAUGGAAGUAGAAACAUCAAAAUAUCACCCUUCAUCUGAAAUUUCAACUAACUCCAUUUCCACUCAGGAUUUACACCUCCCAGAAAGUAAUGUCAAAAUAUCUGGAACAAAUAAAGAAUAUGGCAGUUGCUCCCCCUCUUUAAGUCUUUGUGGCAGUUGUCAGCCUUCUGUGGAGUCAACAGAGGAGUCAUACACAUCCAUAACGACAGCUUUGAAGGAACUUCAUGAACUUCUGGUCAUUAGUAGUAACCCAGCUUCAGAAAAUACAUCUGAAGACGUUUUCUGUCAAUCAGACACAGGAGGUGAGGCCCAAACAGAUACUAAAGACCUUUCUG